AUGUGGCUCAUCAACACCAAAACCCUCCAACUGGAGCAGUUUGACGAUCCAAAUACAGUCCCCAGGUAUGCCAUCCUCUCACAUACCUGGGAAAAUGACGAGGUCUCAUUUCAGGAUAUACAAAAUAUCCACCGUGCCAAGCAAAAAAAGGGAUUCUCAAAAAUAAGGGGGAUCUGCGCCUUGGCCAAGGAGGCUCAUAUCGACUUUGCUUGGGUCGAUACCUGUUGCAUCGACAAGACCGACAGCGUCGAGCUGGGAGAGGCCAUCAACUCCAUGUAUCGCUGGUAUGCACAAGCUGCUGCCUGCCUAGUUUACCUCAGUGAUUUACCAGCUACUACGACAGACUCUGCUUUGGCCGCUGAGCAGUUGCAUGCCUGCAAAUGGUUUACCCGAGGUUGGACCCUUCAAGAACUGAUCGCUCCAAAAAUUGUCAUCUUUUACAACAGAGACUGGCGGCUUGUCGGAACGAAAAACCAGGAUUUUGCUUCUGCAAUCGCAGGCUUCACAAACAUCGCCAAAGAUGUCUUGCUGCACAAAAAAGACCCUUCAGAAUAUACCGUUGCCCAACGUAUGUCUUGGGCAUCCGGCAGAAAGACGAAGCGCCCCGAGGACAGGGCAUAUUCUUUGAUGGGGCUCUUCGACAUUAGCAUGCCUCCGGUUUACGGUGAACAGGACAAGGCUUUCCAGCGCCUCCAGGAGGAGGUCAUCAGAACAAACCCCGACAUGUCAAUCCUGGCCUGGCAUCCUGUAUCGCCUUGCUCUCCACGUCUCCGAUUGUUUGCUUCAUCUCCAGACGAGUUUCAACCUCAAAACUGUCCAACGCGUCUUCGAUGGGGACACACCACCGUCACAAACAUGGGCUUGAAAGUUCACAAGGCAUCACUCCUCUGUGUGCAAGUUCCUACCGACCCUAGAUUGGUGAAAGCUUUAAAGGCCGAACAAUCUCGGGACCGUUCAAGCCAAGCACCUGACGCCAUAAUGCCCUUGCCAUUCCGACAGGAUGUGCCGGAGAGCGAUCAUACUGUUCUGUAUGCACUGGUUGUCGGAAAUUUCCCCGACGGAAAUACGUGUGCAAUCUUUUUGCGCAAGACGGGGCCUGGAUUCUUUCAGCGCGAAACAGCCCUGCCCUUGGCAACCAUCCCCAAGAAUUUCAGACAUCCCACGUCUAAUCUACGAUUUCCUUGGGAUGCCCCAGACAAGGUAGUCAUUUACACGACUCCCCAACAUCACAGCAUCCAGCAUGUCCGUCGUGCCAUACACUUUCCUCUCUCUGUCGACUUUCGUUGCAAGUUUUCCCUCAAGGGAGAACAAGCCGAGAUACAGCCCAAUAGAACCGACUGGGACCCCAACACUCGCGUCUUGUUUCGUCCAGAAGAUGCCGACAGUCUGCAUGUGGUCCCAUUCGAGGUUUACAUAGGCGGUGAGACGGUGAAGAUUGUAGGGCUAGUCAACUGGUACGUUCCGCCGCGCAUUGAUCUUGUAUCUAGGGAUAAGCACCCGGACAUAUUCAACUACCUGCUUAGCAUCCCGGGAGACCAGCGAAGGAGGUGGAUUGACCUAUCAACGUUUAUUGGAUCAUCACGACUGCGCCCGAUGGCGGCAGAUAUUGUCGUCAUGGUACGUGGGACACGGCACCGCAUCCAUGUGUCUUUGAAGCUCGGGAGCUCAGAGCCCAAGAUGUAUACCGCUGGCUUUGUGGUCACGAACCUUCCUGACUGGGAUCAGGGGGAUGAUCCUGCCGUAGAAACAGGGGAUGAGAGUCUUGACGAAAUGGAGGACGAUCGGAACCAAGAAGCGCUAGAUGAUUGGGAUGCGGGCAGCGAUUCAGAUGAACAAGCUCCGAUCAUAAGACCAAGGCGACCCUUUGUCCAACCAAAACGCAAAUCCCACCCAGCAGCAACAGAGCUCUGGGAUGCAGACAGACGAGAUGCGCCACGUCUUGACGCUCCCAGUACGCCGUAUCUGUACGAUGGCCACCCUCUAAGCUCCCAACCUAGCUUCCCACCCAGACACUCAACAACUGCGACGCCAUUCGUAAUCGAAAGAAGCCAAAGCGUGACGCUUCCAGCUGUUCCUGAGUCCCCGCCUAGACAUAUGGCAGCGGUGCCUUCUAGGAUCGAGAUGAGCGAAGAUGCACCGCCUCCGAGUGAUCCGAGAAGGCGAUCGUUGUGUGUCGCAAGUCGAUCAAUGCUACGGACAAAUAUUCAAGAGACGCGAGAAUCCAGAAAGAAAUCCUUGCGCGAAAAGUCCAGCUAUCUCCGUGGACUGGAGAAGAAGCGCUAUCUGAAGCAAGUUCGGGCUCGACAGGAAGCGGGAUCUGCGCGGGUGUCACCUCAAGUUAUUGCUGCGCCGCCCAGGGCGGUUAACCUGGACAGGCCUUCUUCGUCCGGCAGAUACAGCCUCGAGCCCUCAGCAGAUGGACAUUGA